CAGUCGGAUUUCACGAGCAUCUAACUACGACCUUGACGUCAGAGCAAAACGGAAGGCCAACCAUGACCGAGCGAUGACUAUAUAAAAGUGUUUCCUCUUCAUCAAACAUGAAAGAUUGUAUCAUUCAGCAGACGACAACAGAUUUACAGAAAUAAUAUAUGUAGAAAAAAUGACACGAGACACAAACGACAAUCGAAAGUGUAGAGAAGAGAAAGGGAGGUUAAGAGUUAUCAUUCAGAUUUUAGUGGAUAUUAUUUUACUGUUAGCAGUGGGAGUUCCAGUUAUUGUGUCAUACAAUGGAGGCAUUCCGCCAUUCCAACGUGGUUUUUUCUGUGACGACAAUUCGAUCAAGUACCCGUAUGUCGAGGACACCAUUUCCGAUGCCGUGCUCAUGGGUGUUGGAUUCACAAUGGCGUUUAUUCUGGUAAUUCUUGUUGAGGUACCUAGAUACCUGUCAUCUCGACUGCCAUUCACGAAGUCCCAAGAAUUCGUAAUCUGUAUCAAGUCCUGCUGUGUGUCCCUGUUUGGGAUCGCCAUCACUAUGGGAUUUGUUCAGUCUCUGAAGUAUUCUGUUGGUGCACUAAGGCCACACUUUCUAGAUGUCUGUAAACCCGACAAUUCAGCAUUCAACUGCACUCAGGGCUAUGUCACUCAAUAUAGCUGUACGGAGACUAAGUUCAGUGACUCCAUUCUUCGACGGAGCAGGACGUCUUUCCCUUCCGGUCACGCAGCGUUCUCCAUGUAUAUAGCAGUAUACUUAUCUCUUUACUUUGAGGUCCGAUGUUACUUUUGGUUUUCCCGCGCUUUGAAGCCUCUUCUUCAGCUUUGUUUCUUUUUGUUCUCCAUCCUGGUUUCAGUGACCCGUGUCCAGGAUCACAAACAUCACCCACAUGACGUCAUAGCGGGUUCAAUUUUAGGCAUCGUCGUUGGGCUUUUUGUGUUUAAAACUCUUGGAGAGAAAGCUGCAAGAUCACGAGAGGUCGGCUUGUUUGCGCCGUUUCUCAAAAAACAGGAUUCAACAUCCGAACCGAGAACUCCAACACCUUUACUUCAACAUGACAGAACCGCGUUUCUGAGAUUAGAAAGUCAGAAAAGCAUGUGCAAUGGCAACUAUGGAUUUUCAAAUUCUCCGUCAAGUCCUUCAAUAACAACAGAAAUAGUGGGGAGAGAUGGACUUCCGGUAUGAAUCAAUAUGACAUCCGGUCUGAUCAAUCUUAGCAUUCGGUCUGAAUCAAUCUACUAGCAGGAUGAACUCUUACAGCUGUAACAUGAAAUAUGCUGUAUCCUCCGAAGAUAUUGGAAUUAUGUGCAAAAAGAUAAAGAUUGACAGACAUUUAAAACCUCCCACUGGUCCAGGUGAACCUCUUUCGUGUAUGAUGCGGAGUCCGAAUCCAUUAACAUGGAAAGGCACUGGAUGAUUAGCUAGGCAGGAAAUUAACUGUAUGUGGGCACACUUAGAAGUAUAUUUAAUUACGGUUAUGUCAUUUUUCCGUCCAACAGAAAAUCCAUGCAGGGCUUCAUUAUUAUGUUUAAUGAUUAGUAUUAAAAACUGCAACAUUACAGAUCCACUUUGUGUAUUUUUCCUGUAAUUUAUGUCAUGUUUGUUGUGACGAGCAGAUAAAAACAAUGGUUUUUAUUGCUAUGGGUUGUUCUAAUAAAGACAGAUAUUUCAUGCAUUAACAUGAUGGUCAGAAAUUUUCCGAAGUUCUCCAUAUUUUGCAUUGGAUAUUUCUUUUUUUUUUUCUUUUACAUUGCAAGAAUAAACUUUCAAUACAUAUAAAUGUAUAUGAAAAUGCAUAUGGUUGGAUGUAACAAGAAAAUAAAUUAACAAAAUAUUUGCAAUGGGGACACUCAUCUCGUUUUAUUGAUAUUGCAAGGUGUAUGAUGAAACAGGAAUACUAGUUUUGAUUUUUAGGCCAGUAUCUAAAAAUAUGUGAAUUUUGGACUUUUAUGUUUAAGAUAUCACAUGUAUAGUUUAGCGUAGACAAGUGUAUUAAUUAUUGAUAAAUCUAUCAAAAGUGUCAUUGUAGGACAUUGCAAAUCAAAACUUUACUACAGUAUUUCAAUAAAUUAUAACCCAAAUGCUUAA